GGCCGGGCUGCAGCCGCCGCCGCGCACCGAUCGCUGCGAUGGGCCUGGAGACCGAGAAGGCAGACGUCCAGCUCUUCAUGGACGACGAUGCCUACAGCCGCCACAGCGGCGUCGACUACGCGGACCUGGAUAAAUUCGCAGACUCGGGCUCCGACCGGGAUCCCCACCGGCUCAACUCGCAUCUCAAGGUGGGCUUUGAGGAUGUGAUUGCAGAGCCGGUGUCUACGCACUCCUUUGACAAAGUGUGGAUUUGCAGCCAUGCCCUCUUUGAAAUCUGCAAAUACGUGAUCUACAAGUUCCUGACCUUGUUCCUGGCUAUCCCCAUGGCCUUCGCUGCAGGAAUUCUCUUUGCCACCCUCAGCUGUCUGCACAUCUGGAUUAUAAUGCCUUUUGUAAAGACCUGCCUAAUGGUCCUGCCUUCGGUGCAGACAAUAUGGAAGAGUAUAACAGAUGUUGUCAUUGCCCCAUUGUGUAUAAGUGUAGGACGCAGCUUCUCUUCUGUCAGCUUGCAACUGAGUCAUGACUGAAACUUGGACCCUAGGUCUGGAGAUUUGGAUACUGUAAUACUUCUUUGUUGUUAUAAUGUAAAAGCACUACUGUUCUGUUCUAAGUGUUCCCAGCUGUUCUAAUUAAGAAAAUUUUUAAGAUGGGCAACCACAUUUAGAAAUGUUUAUUGGCAGAUCUUUUCAAAAAAUGCUUUUCUAAUUAAUAGCCAAGGAUUUCAUUAUCUAACUUUAGAGCCAGAAUUAUACAGUAGGUUGGCAACACUUAAUUUUAAAGGCAGAUAAUUUUUACUUUAGUACAAAAGUAUACAUUUUAUAAUAAUGAAUUUAUAAAGACCGAGGGACAUUUCUCAAACACUAUAAUAGGUUUGUGCAAAACUGCUUGUAAAAAUAUGGAAUUUCUUAUUAUUUUUCUCUGAAAGUAAUACUUUUAAAAUUACCUAUGCAGAUAAAGUCAUGGGAAUACUUACAGAAAAAAUAUACAAAGAUUCUAGAAAUUAUAGUAACAAAAGCAUACAGUGGUGAUAGGAGCUACCAAAUAUAAUAGGACAAAUAAAUGUGAAAAUAGAUUCAUGAACGUGUGUACCUUUAAAUAAGAUAUUGUUAACCUACAGGUCUAUUUAAUAAGAUGUUUCAUUUUACUGUAUAUUUUGUACUUAAUGUAAAUGUUGCUCUAAUCAGAUUGCUUUUAAGUACAUUUAUUAUAUAUUAUCUUAUUGAACUAAUAUAUAGAAUGAGUAAAUAUCUCUUUCAUGGGGAACUUUAUUGGUGAGAUUGCACUGUCUUGAUUAUGUAAGCAUAUAUAUAUUCUUUGGGAAUAGAAUUUAAAAAGCUAUAUACAAGGCUUUUCUUUCUAACUUUCCUAAGCAAAAUCCUGAAAUGUUUUAUGACUGAACUUUUCCUGGUUGUAACCUUAAAAAUAAUCCAAAUCUAAUUGGUAUUUCAUCUGGGAGAUGCUUUCUCUCUUGUAGUUAGAAAUUAAACCUGUAUUCUGCGUUCCUGUUAAUGUCUCACUUUACCUUCAAGUCAUACUGGUGCUAUUUGAUUACAUUUUACAUAAAGGCUAUUUCUGACAUUUAAGUACUAUUUCAACUACAGUGAUUCAUGGAGAGAGACUUAUAGGAAAGUUGUCAAGCAACAUACAUAUGUAAAAGACUAACAGAUAUAGACUUUCAAGAUGUUGUCUGAUAUGGGAUUUAUUACACAGUAUAAAAUUGUUCUUAUCAUUUUUGAAUUGUAGAGUCCUAUUUCAAUGUUAUGAAUCACUGUUGUUAUAAAAAUCUCAUUAUUCCAAAAUGAUAGGCAUGUAUAAAAGAUGUCUAUGAAAUAAGUGGCUACUAUAAUUUACACAUCUUAAAGGAGUAUAAAUGCUCAAAUUAUUAUCAGAACCUGAAUUAACAUUCCUUUGAAUAUCUUCAUAGAUGACAAGUCUUCAUUCAAUGAAGAUUAAUUUUACUUUUCCACAUUGCCAUACUGAAAUAUAAAGGAUGAUUUAACUGGAAUAGUAGUGGGGGCCAAAGUAAACAAAUGAUUAAGUUAUAAAACUCCUAUCCUUUUGAGGAUAGCUACAAAAGAGACUUCAAAACUGCCUCUAGGCCAUUGUAGCAUCCUUAGAAAAGAUUCUCAUGAUCAUUACCUUAAAACAUUACCACUCAUUUGACUACAUACAUUUUAUUAUGUUAGUUAAAAUGAUGAGUCUCGUGAUUUUAUAGUUAUACUAUAAACUAUACAACUACAUAGUUGUAUUUAAAGUGUUUUUAAAAAUACUUGGAUAUGUUGAUUGGCCAAAAGUAUCUGAUUCAUAAAAUAUGAAUUUAAAUAAAUCAUAAGCUUAAAUAAAUCAUAUCUUUUCAAAUAGCUAUCAAUAAGUUUUAAAGCCAAAACAUAUAACAAACUCAUUAACUUUUAACAAGUGAGACAUAUGAUUUCCUUAUUUCUGAAUAGCAUUGAUUAUUCAUCAAAAUGAAUUUUUAUUGAGAUUUGCCAUUAACUAUUUUAUUUCAAAGACUGAAAUUUUGUACCAAGUGGAUCUGGUUUCAUGUGCAAAUAUGUUGGCUCUUUUAUUAGGGGGUGGGGCAAAUAGAUGAUGAGUAUCUGUAAUAAACUUUCUAAAAACCCA